AUCACAAGGAGGAGUAGGUCAACCGCUGGAGUCGCCGGAAUGCGUCUCCGCGGUCACUCCAAGUCCGAGUCACCUCGAGUAGACUCGAGGACGUCGACCCCGAAAAGCCAGAAAGGCAGCUCGCCGCGCGCUGCGGUUGUCAAUCGCAAGAAGUCCGAUGCGCCUGAUACAAAGGCGAAACGGGUCCGAACCGGAUGUCUCACCUGUCGGGAGAGGCACCUCAAGUGCGACGAGGCGCUGGGUAGAUGUCUGAACUGUCAGAAGUCUGAUCGGAUAUGUCGACGGGGCGUUCGGCUCAAUUUCAUUGAUACGCAGACUGUCGCGCCGCCGCAUGUAAUCGAUCGACCGCAUGGCGCCAAGGUGACAUUCCGAGACGACUCGCGCUUCAUUGCAUCUGAAUAUGUCGGCGGCUUCGAACGGUAUCCUCCGCCCCAACCGGAAAGCCCGAUCGAGGAGCGACGGCAGCUACAUAAUGAGGCUUUCAAUGCCAUCAGCCAAGACUUCUUGACGAGCUUGUUCCAAUCGGCAGCCCACUCGUUUGACUCAACUGGCUUUGAUGUCCCCCACGACUUUAUUGUUGGGCCUGAUACUUGGCACGGGCCACAUAUUGUGCCCGGCGAUGAAUUGCUCCCGCAUGGCACUUCGAAUUUUGCACGAAAGCUGGCAACGAAGCAGUUUGGCCCUUCUUCACUAAGUGAUCCCGAGCAAAUAUUUCUUUUACAAACCUUUGUGGACGAGGUCGGACUUUGGAUGGAGUCGAUGGAUUCAUUCCGUCAUUUCACACAAACUCUACCAUACUAUGCCGUUGAUGAGCCGAUGUUACUCAAGGCUUUCCUAGCUUGUGGUGCGCGACACCUCUCGAUAACAAACCCUUCGUUUGGAGAAGAGAGAGCGAUUCAUUACUACGAGAGCACCACGCAGGAUCUCAUGGUCUUAAUGCAAGAUCCAAAUCGCGAUUCGGUCUUGUGCGCGACAACCGCACUCGUCCUCAGCAUAUACGAGCUGAUGUCCGCGCAACCAGCACUCAAGACUAAUCAUAUUGGAGGGUCAAGAGCAUUGAUCCGCGAGUGUAAUUGGACAUCAAAGACGCCCGGUCUCGGUGGUGCGUGCUUUUGGAUCAAUACUUGCGUGGAGUUGCUGAGUUGCUUGCAACAUGGCUGGUCGCUCUCUUGGGACCCAGAUACAUGGGGGGUCGAUAUGGACAUGGAUCAAGGGCAUCAUUUUGCAAAGGGAGAAGAACUGUGGCUCCACCGCAUACUCUAUAUUUGCGGAAAAAUAAGUAUUUUCCGAGCUGCACGACAGCACCGGCAAUCCUCUGAUGACGCGGGUAUGCAGAAUGGCAACCUCAGCUCGGACCUGCAAGAAUGGGGUCAUUAUAACUCCUGGUGUGAUCAAUGGGCCAAGACCGCGCCGGCGUCAAUGCAACCAUUGGGUCAUAUGCAGCCAUGGGGCAGAAAUGACAGUUCAGUUUUCCCGACAAUAUGGCUUAUCAAGAGACCCGCGAUUCUUGCCCAGCUGUUCUACCACACAUCUCGCAUCCUCUUAGCUAAAUGCCACCCGAUGGAGUCUGACUUCCUGGUAGAGAUGAGAGAAAUGCAGCAUGCCCACGCUUAUGAUAUCUGCGGCCUCAUCGUGAACGUGAAAGACCGCGGUGUGGUUAACGUAUCAAUACGUUGCCUCACCAUCGCGGCAUCAUGUCUCGAGUCCCGCGAAGCUCAAGAGGAGGCACUUCGACUAUUGCAUUCCACGACUCAGAAUACCAUCUGGCAGAAGGAACCUAUCGAGGACGAACUGAAGCAUCACUGGGGAUGGCCUGCUCCACACCCGGAAACACUGGAUCCAAGCCAGAUGCACAACCAUGAUUACUAUGACCUCAAACUGGACCCGGCAUUAUCGAUCUCGAGGGGCUCCGAGAUGCACUCGUCUCUUGUAAAUCCUUUUUUAAAUACGGGGGACUUUUCGACGGACAAUCAUCCUUAUCAGGCAUUCUAUGUGGCUCCUCAUCAUGCGCCGCAUUAUGACUAUGGGUCUUACCUUUAA